UGUUUGUGGGAGGCUUGGACUGGAGUACAACACAAGAAACUCUUCGUAGCUACUUCUCCCAGUAUGGAGAAGUUGUAGACUGUGUAAUAAUGAAAGACAAAACAACAAACCAGUCUCGAGGAUUUGGAUUUGUCAAAUUUAAAGAUCCCAACUGUGUGGGAACAGUACUGGCCAGUAGACCUCAUACGUUAGAUGGCCGAAAUAUUGAUCCAAAGCCAUGUACACCUAGGGGGAUGCAACCAGAAAGGACACGACCGAAGGAAGGAUGGCAGAAAGGAUCCAGGAGCGAUAACAAUAAAUCAAAUAAAAUUUUUGUUGGUGGGAUUCCUCAUAACUGUGGCGAGACAGAGCUCAGGGAAUACUUCAAGAAAUUCGGAGUGGUCACUGAAGUUGUAAUGAUCUAUGACGCAGAGAAACAGAGGCCCCGAGGUUUUGGAUUUAUUACUUUCGAGGACGAACAAUCAGUGGACCAGGCUGUCAACAUGCAUUUUCACGACAUCAUGGGCAAAAAAGUGGAGGUGAAACGCGCAGAACCUCGCGAUAGCAAAAGCCAAACCCCUGGGCCGCCCGGUGCCAGUCAGUGGGGAAGCAGGAUCAUGCCAAGUGCUGCCAAUGGCUGGGCAGGUCAGCCUCCUCCGACCUGGCAACAAGGAUAUGGCCCUCAAGGGAUGUGGGUGCCAGCUGGACAGGCAAUUGGUGGAUAUGGACCACCUCCUCCAGGAAGAGGAGCUCCUCCACCACCACCACCAUUUACCUCAUACAUAGUCUCUACACCUCCUGGAGGAUUCCCACCUCCACAAGGAUUUCCACAGGGCUAUGGCACCCCUCCACCAUUUAGUUUUGGUUAUGGUGCUCCACCUCCUCCACCUGACCAGUUUGCCCCACCUGGAGUACCCCCUCCACCUGCCACUCCAGGGGCAACACCACUAGCUUUUCCACCACCACCACCACCAUCUCAGGCAACUCAGGACAUGAGCAAACCCCCAACUGCUCAGCCAGAAUUCCCUUAUAGUCAGUUUGGGUAUGGACAAGACUUGAGUGGUUUUGGACAAGGUUUCUCUGAUCCCAGCCAGCAACCCCCUCCCUACGGAGGCCCCUCGGUGCAACCAUCAAGUGGCCCACCUGCAGGAGGAAGUGGGUUUGGACGAGGACAGAACCAUAACGUGCAAGGAUUUCACCCGUACAGGCGCUAGCGUGGGCUGGCAAUCAGGGAAUUCUGUCCACACAGGGAUGUCUGGUACCAGCUGAACCCAGGAAUCCCAGACUUCUGAACUUGUGACAAUCACAUACUUGAUGGAAGAAAAACCUAACAACUUUUUUUUU